CGUACGGAGCACCGAGACCAUUCAUCAUACCAGGAAAUCUAGCAUUUUCUUCUACCAAUUAUCCAAUGAAUCCUGGAAUGCAACAACAGUUACGACCACCGUUUCAACCGAAUUUAUCUGCAACAGUUUCCAAUUUCUCUCCUCCAAUUAUAGAAUGUCCUCCUCCUACGUUUCAAAACCGACCUCCAUUUCCACAUUUUGGCGAUCCCAGACCUCGCGCAGUAAGUGAAUCUAUGAACUCUCCACCUUUUAAAUUUAUGGGCAGUAAUGUGCCACCUCCUAGACAGGAAGUUCCCCGAUUUGCUUUUCCAAACAAUGUGAAUGCACCUUCAUUUCGUCCAAUGAUUGAUCGUCCUCCACCAUGCAGACAAAAUUUUCCAAUGUUUCCUAGUGCUGGUGAAAAUAAUCAUUUCAGUCCAAGACCCGACUAUCGUCAUCCUCUACCAAGAGCAGUUAAUCCUCAAGUAAGACCUCUUUUCCGUGAAAGUGUUCCACAUUUGCAUCCUAAUGUAUCUUCAGUUCAAAUGGAGCCAAGAUUUUCAGCACCGUUUGCAAGAGCACCUUUUCAACACCGGUUUCCCCCUAGAAAUAGAAGCCCUUCAUUUACACGUCAAUCAUCUUCAUACGGCAUGAGGGGAAGGUCUGGAGUGCCACCCAAAAGAAAAAAUACAGUUCCUUUUAACAACACCAACAAAAAGUUUAAAGAAAGAGAUGGGCGAAAAAUAAAGGAGGCGUCUGAUGACAAAGUUGCGAAGCCUUUUUAUUGUGACACUUGUGAUCGUGCAUUUGCUCUGGAAAAUGAAUUAAGUGAACAUCUUGCAGAACACACUAGGUGCAAUGCUGGUGGUUGUAAUUUUGAAGCUCAUCCAAAAAUUGUAGCACUUCACAAAAAAAUGCAACAUGACACUGGCUAUGCUGCAGCAAUAAAUAAAUUGCAGAGUGCAGAAGAAAUACAGAAAUGGAGAGCUGAAAGGAAAAGACGAUUCCCUACUGCCGAAAAUAUACAAAAAAAGAAAGCUGAACAAGCUGAGAAAGAAGCUCGUGGAGAAGUGUUGGAAACAAAAGAAUUUGGGAAGUUCAAGAGACAAAAUUUUGAGCGAAGCAAUGUGAGAGGAGGAAGAUUUCAUCGUGGUGGAAGACGAGGUAGAAACUAUUUCAAUAAGGGAAGAUCUAGAAGGAACUUCACAAACUUUUCAAAACUUUUGGACUCAGACACUGACUCUGACACCGACUCUCAUAUUCACCUGAAGAAAUUUUCCGGCAUGUCAUCAUUGUUAAGUAAUAGCACAGAUGAUGGGAAAAAUGCACUUUCCGAUAAUUCAGUUGGUGAAGAAAAUGCUUCCCUGCUUGUUAAACAGGAUGUUAUUUCUCAGGAUGAGAGUGUUGAAAUUCCCUACAAUCUGGGUGAUAGUCCCGUAAGAAAAGGUUUAAAAGAUUGUCGUUCAUCAUUAAACUCUGGCCAUGAAAAAUCAUCCGAAAUCCAGAUUAUCGAUACAGACAACGAGCCAGAAAUAUGUAUUACUUCAAUAAAAAGAUUGAGCUCUGGUUUUGAGAGUGAUCCUAUUCAAAUUGAAGGUUCUGAUGAUGACUCGCCAAUAGAAAUUCCUAUUAUAAAAGAGAAGGCUAAUGGUAUUGUAGUUUCUACUGGAUCUUUAAAUGGAGAAUCUUAUUUGCCUGAAAAUGAUGCACAUAAUGAGCAGCCACAAAAUAUGGAAGAUAUGGCAUUAAAACAAAGUUCAUGCAAUAGUUCUAAAAAUUCUCUUGGAAAAGUUAACAAUCAAAGAGUCCGCAAAUCAUAUGAGAAACAAUAUGAUGAUCCUAAUAAUGAAAGGAACAACUUUCACAGAAAAAGUUCUUUAUUAGAAAAGCUUCUGGCUGAUGAGAUCAGACAUGAAAGAAAUGUGAUCUUGCAAUGUGUUCAUUAUAUUGUUAGAAAAAACUAUUUUGGCAUUGGUAAUCAGAAAAUAAAAUCUGAUUUUUUAUUGUCAUAGUUAAGUGCAAUGCAUAUUUUUUUGUAAUUCCCUUUUUUAUAUUAUCAAUAAA